CCCCGGCUCCGCUGCAGCGCCGGGAGGGCGCGGAGCUGCCGAGGAGGACGCGCCGCUGCCCAGCCCCAAACCCAACGGAGGAGGCGAAAAUGGGCCGGAAAAAAAUCCAGAUCAGCCGGAUUUUGGAUCAGCGGAACCGGCAGGUGACCUUCACCAAGCGGAAAUUCGGGCUGAUGAAGAAGGCGUACGAGCUGAGCGUGCUGUGCGACUGCGAGAUCGCCCUGAUCAUCUUCAACAGCACCAACCGCCUGUUCCAGUACGCCAGCACCGACAUGGACAAGGUGCUGCUCAAGUACACCGAGUACAGCGAGCCCCACGAGAGCCGCACCAACUCCGACAUCCUCGAGACGCUGAAGCGCAAAGGGCUGGGGCUGGAGAGCCACGAGCUGGAGCUGGAGGAGGGGCCGGAGCCGCCCGGGGACAAGGGCAGGAGGCUCGGGGAGGGCGUGGAUCUGUCGCUGGCGCGGCCCAGGUUUUAUAGCCCGGUGCCACUGCCCGAGGCCGCCUACGGCAGCUCGCCCCUGGCCACCGAGGGCUCCGUGGGCAGCGGCAGCAGCUCCCCGCAGGGCCAGGGCCGCUCUCCCGCCUUCAGACCCGCGGCUCCAAAGCCACCGGGACGGUCCCCAGGGCCACUGCCCCCAGGUCUCAGCUACCCCCUGUUCCCCGCCGCCAGCCUGAGCCGCGCCCUGGCCACCAAGACGCCGCCGCCGCUGUUCCUGGGGGCCGAGGGCCGGCGUGGCGAGUCCCAGGGCAGCCUGGCGAGCGGCCGGAGCGGUGGCAGCGCAGCGCGGCCGCUGUACCCCGCCCUGCAGACCCUGAGCCCCGUGCUCAGCCCGGGCAGCUCCGGCCUCCCGAGCCACGGCCUCGCCGGCUUCCCCUUCCUCAGCCCGGCCCAAGCGGAUUUUGGGGCUGGCGAGGUCCCGCCGCCCCCCGGCUUCCUGCAGCCCCCGGCGUGGCAGCACCCCCGGGACAUGGCAGCGCUGGGGGCCAGCAGCCGGAUCGUCCCCGCGGAGGAGCCAGCCGCUGUCCCCGGCGCGUCCCCGCAGCGCCAGGCCAUCAGCAUCAAGUCGGAGCGGGUGUCGCCGGGGCUGGGCUGUCCCCCGGGCACCCCCCAGCCCUGCCUGGCCAGCCUGGCGUCCCUCAGCGAAGCCUCCCGAGCCCCCGGCGACCUCCAGCCCCGCGAUGACUUCGCCAAGGGCUUCCCCCCGUACGCGCCGGGGCCGCCGCGGCCGCUGCCGGACGAGCAGAGGGUCCCCGUCCCCACGCGGAGGGGACAGCCCGAGGACGUUUGGCAGAGAUAGCGGGGGAGCGGGGAAAGCCCUGCCUGGGGGAGCAGCCCCCCGCUUCUCCCCCAUCUCAGCCCCCUCGGGAAGCCCCCCCGUGCCCGUGGCGGUGACCGGCGGUGCCACCGGGCUCCCUGCAGGGUCACUGUCCCCCAGCCUGGGGCUGCAGCUCCUUGAGACCCUCCCCUCCCUGCCCGGAGCCCCCAAAUGCCACCAGGUCCCCUCCUUUCGGCUCUGCCCGCCGCCUCCCCCCCCCCCCAGGAGCCCGGCGCUGUCGCGGUGUCCUGCGCGGUGGCGUUGGACGCUGUCCCCGCCCGUCCCUGCGCCUGUCCCCGCGCCAGCAGCGUGUCCCCAGCGAGCGGGAGUGGCCGGGAAGUGCCACGCGGUGGCAGCAGGACUGAGAGAAGCGACAGCGGCUCCAGCCCUGCAGCCCCCGGCCCAAUUCCGCGGCCGGGGGGACAGGGGAGGGGACAGGGGACGGGCGGGGCGGGGGGUGCUGCGCCCCCAGCCAGGGGCU